AUGGCGGAGUUUAAAGAUGUAUGGGAUGACGUGGAAGAGAAAAGUACUGAUCUGGAGGGUGACGAGGAAUGGUUCAAACAGGGAUCGCACCCCAAGGGAUCCUGCAGCCCCGUUACAAGCAACGUCACUAUCCCGAUAAAGACUGCCGCCGAUUUCCUGAAGCGGAAACAGCAGGGCCGCACCCAAACCGUCGUGCUUAUGCUGCAGAACAGCCUGCUGCUCAGUCAGGGAAGCGGGUUGCUCUUUGACGCGGAUUUCUCCUGCACCAUUGUAACCGCCGCAAAACCGAACCUGUACAUCAAAUAUAACGACGACGAUAUGCCGACGCUUCGCAUUUGGAACACCAGCAAUGUGCUUGUAUACGGUAUCAAUUUCCUCGUUGCAGUCACGACCGGGUCGCCCCAAUGCCCGAACGUACCCGAGGUCGGUACGGGGGUCAACUGUCCCGCCGUACACAUCUCCCGGUCGUACGGUGUCAUCUUCGGCAAGUCUACAGUGUUCGGACGCGUGGACGUACACAGAAGCAUGAACUCGCGAAUCGACAGUAUCAAGGUUACCGGCACCCCGACUUUCGCCAGUUCGCACGGGGUCAUUCGCGUGGCGUACAGUGGCCACAGCACGAAGCUGAUCAAGGCGAACAUCGCUAUAUCCAAUAACGAGGCGUAUGGUGUGGACACCCCGAUCGUCUUAUAUCGAGGCGCGGUGGGAGUGAAAGUGUUCCGCAACUACGUGCACGAUUUCAUCUUCGCGGGAAUCCGGUGCGGCGCGGACGUGCAUUUCUCGGGCGACUGUAUGAUGACCAACGUCUCCAACAACCUUGUAGUCGCUAAAGGGCGCAACACUAACGGGGAUCACGACGCGGCGGGGAUCUACUACUGCACGCACUGGUUCAACCCGGGGAAUGUGGCGCAGUGUAACUACGUCUUUAACGGCGACCACUGCUACUAUUUGGACUAUGACACGUCGGACGUGCGCAUCCGCGGCGGCGCGUGUAUCAACACGUACGACGGGAUUAAAGUCAACAACGGCAAGAGGAACGUCAUCAAGGACGUGGUGAUGAAGGGACAGAUCGGUGCAGUGGGGUGGUGCACGUGCCUCACCCCCACCGUCAACAACUGCCUCAAGGACCCCGGGCUUUACUGGGAGAACAUGCGCAAGGCUUAUUAUGACACCCCGGCAUUCAGAAAGUACUGGCCGUGGUGGAAGAACGUGUGUCAGGAGAGCUCAGUCAACGGGCAGCACUGUAACCCCAAGGGCGGCCUGACCGCCGCCCAAACCGGCAAAUGCAGCGGAUUGGCCACGGAGAAUCAGCUGGAUUUGAUCCUCGUGAACACGACUCGAGAGAACCUUGAGUAUAAGUACUGCGAGACCCUACCGGCCAUGCAUAAACUGAACCAGCACUCCCAUGUGGUGGUGGAUUCGGUUCCUUCUGCCGGGUUCCGGAAUUACAAGCGGAACGAUCUGGGUUUGAGGCUCUGGUCAAAUAUUCGGCUCAAGCGGCCGAACAUUUUGAGCUGCCCGAGACGGGCAACGGGGCCGCAAAAGAAGAUUAAUGCGGCUUGGUACUUGAGGAGGUUUAAUAUUGUGAAGCCGAAGGGGUUUGACGAGGUGGUCACGAUGACGACACUGCACCUCAUGGACCAAUCCAAGAUUCCCAAGUAG